AAUCACAGCUCUUCACAAUAACGCGAGAGCUUUAUAGGUUCCCUAAAAGAAGGCGUCUCCGUGUAUGGUGAUUGAUCGCUCACAUCUCGCACAGAAGGUGACGGCAUGCACUUACAUGGUUGUUUGCGGACGGCCAUUAUACCGACGAAGAGGACCGUCUCCACCAAGGUUGUCGUUAAGUUAAGUAAGGCCAUUUCACAUAUUGUGGACCAUAAAGAUUGUCGACUCAAGCCUUGUAUCAGUGGGGAUCCAGACAGUGAAAAGAAAGAGGUGGAAGGGAACAGAGCGAUAAUGCCCUCUGAUAGGGAUCCAGGCCUCUCUGCCAAGUUGCUACAGCUUGUACUUCUCGCCACCUAUUGGGGGAUGCAGAUCUGGUUUACUUUCAUAUCUAGUUUUGUUAUGGACAGCCACCUGAACAGACACACGUUUGGUUUGAUCCAGAGUCGACUGGUUCCAUUCUACCUUCACCUGGGCUCUCUCUGUGCCUUCCUCAACCUGACGCUAUUUGCAGUCUACCACCCAGUUGACCUGCUGGAUGACAGAGAGGCCUUCCAGAUCGGGGUUUACUUCCUGUGUGUGUCUGUAGCAGCGGUUAAUGCCCAGUGGUUCGGUCAGAUGACAUCAGAGAUAAUGGCUGACAUGCAUCUAAUGGAGCAGGCCCAAGGACUGGGCCAGGACAUUGGUCUGUCUACGAACAGGGAGGCCUAUGCCAAGUUGUGUGAGACUGACAGUAGAUACCGUUGUCUGUCUGGUCAGCUGUGGCUAUAUAAAUUGUUGUCUUCUCUGUGUAACCUCUGCUGUAUAACCUGUAAUGCAUACAGCCUGUUGUACCUAGCAGAGAGCCUCACCACCCUAUAACACAUGUAUACACAUUAUGCAAUAACAUUGAAAGUAAUGACCAGAAACGCAGAUUGGUUCUCAAUUUGAUGACAAUUUAUGUACACACCCACAAUCACUGACUAAUGCGAACAGCCAGGUCUACUUAACAGAAAACCUUACCACACACACACACUGUUCUCAGAUGAGUUAUAUUUUAAUAAUACACUUCUCUUCUGUUUGGUACAGAAACCCUCAGGGAUGUUCUAAUUCAGCUCCAAAGUUUUGAGUGAGGAACAGAAGCGUUCAAUUUGCAGCGGCCUCCAUUUGAACCCUUCUGUUCCUCACCCUUCCUUCCGUCUUGACCUUUUUGGAAAGGAAAGAAAAAGGUGCCGUGGUCUCUUAAUUUUUUCCAGAGCUGUAUGUUUCCAGUGGAUCUGCCUUUUUAAUAUUCCAUCAGAGGUGGAGGGACGUACUGUCUUCCAUCAGAGGUGGAGGGACGUACUGUCUUCCAUCAAAGUACUGAAUAAAGGGUCUGAAUACUAAUGGUAUAUUUAAUUUUUUUUAUUUUCAAUAAAUUACCAUUAUUUUCUAAACAGUUUUGCUUUGUCAGUAUGGAUUAUAAUGCAUUCAUGGCUAAAAUAACCAAUUAAAAAUGUAGUCUAUAGCAA